GGUUGCGCAGAUUGCAAAACUUUGUUGGCUAAUUAGUUAUCAUUUAUAGGUAAUAUAAUUGGCCAUAAAUAAAUGCGCAAUUAUGCAAAUUCAGAUAACAAAAGGAUUGAAAGGUGCAAAAUGACAUCAUUUUUAUAGACACGACACGUCGGCGGGAUGCGAGCCAACAGAUCAUCUCAAAUUCUUUUCUGUGUUGUUGGAACAUUCCCAAAAUUUAUGGGGUUUAAUCAUUGCAUAAUUUUUACUGUAAUAAAAAAACAGUGAUCAACAUCUGCUCUACUUUUUUUAGUUAGAAUUAAAUUUAAUUGAACAGUUAAAUUUAUAUGGAAUAGUGUAGUCGUUAAAUUGUGUGUAGGAAGACGAAUUGAAAUCAAAAUUGAUUUGGAAACUCUAAAAGUUCGAGAUUACUGUAAACAAGUUUUUUUAUAGAAAUUUAAGCCCUAAUUUUUUUCAAUCAUUUAAUUAAUUAUGUUAAUGAGGAGGAGGAGGAGAAAGAUUUGAAAGUGUGGAAGGAAAGGGGACGACGAGUAAUAGUAAUUUAGUCGCGAUUGUAAAUUGCUUUUGGGAAUAUAUUUGUUUAAGAGAUUAUCGUUUCAAAUUGAGAUGGGGGUCAUCUUAUCGAAAUUUAGGAGGGCGAAACCUUCCUUGGAAGAUCGGCUUGAAAAGAUUGAUAAGGAACUCCAUGAAAUCCGAAGGUUUCAAAUCGACACGGAGGUCCAACAGAAGCGGAUAAUUGGUCGCUUAUCAAUCGUUGCAUUUAUCGUGUAUGCUCUCUCCAUCCUCGCCUAUUAUCUGUUCAUCCAUACGGAAACGUUCACCUGGGGACAACACGCCCUCUCCCUCCUCCCCUUCAUCAUAUUUCCCUUCAUAAUAUGGAGCCUCCGUCGCCUCUUUGGGUGGUGGUAUCACAGAAAAAUCGAGAUGAAUAAGGAGAAAUCCGACACCUUAAGAAAAGACAGGGAACGCCUCUUGGACGAAGUCAUGGACACAGAGACGUUCAAAGUGGCCAAGAAGAUUUUAGAAAAGUACGCCCCUUCCCACCUCCUCCCCAAAUAUCUGGCUGACCAACAGCGCGCCGGUGGAACACCCAUUACGUCGCGCCCUGCACCUCUCGACAAUCUCGGAAUGCGACGGAGGACAAUGGGUGAACCGUCGGUCUCGCCGCAAGGAAUGCGGAUGGGCCAACCCUUUCCGCCCGGGUAUCGACCCCCGCUCGGCAUGGGAGGCAGGCCUCCCAUGCCACCCAUGCCGUUUAGGCCGCAACAGCAACAAGCUAUCAUGCCCGCGGGUGCGACGCCGAUGAGAUUUGGAACGACACCAGGAAUGGCCUCCGUCCCGACGGGGUACACCCCGAUGCGCUACAUGCUACCUCAAACCCCCUCCGCCCCUACGAUUCAUAAUAGGAAGACCGGCUGGCUCGAUAAGUUGGUUGAUUAUGUCGUCGCGGACGGUCCGGCGCACCGAUUCGCGCUUAUUUGUCGGUAUUGUGCGACUCAUAAUGGACUCGCGACACCGGACGAUUUUCCAUACACGGGCUACCGCUGCAUUUACUGUCGCCAGUUCAAUCCUCCCCGUCAACAGCGCCCCUCCGCUGCCACGCUUCCCCGAAACACCGUCCUCAUCGAAGAGAUGGACUCCUCAAUCGCGAGCAACUCGCCACAAACUACUGUGACCGGCGACGAAAGUGGGGACGAACAAGGAAACACGUCGCAAAAUAUAGAGUCCGAUGGUGCCGGCGAUGGCGAACCUCUCAUCGAAUUGGGUGACUCUUCCGACGCAAAAUCCGACGGGGAAGAGGAAACCCGACCAGAAGAACCGGAAGGACCACCACCCCUCGAUGAAAACGUACCCUUUAUGGACGAUGACGACGAAGAGGAGACCAGCGUCGUAGAAAGUCAGCGAAAAAGUAUUUCCAACGAUGAAAAUGGUGUCGUCGGCGGUAAAUUGGAGGUCAACAUUCGCAGCCAAGAACAAGGACAAGAAAUACUCGAAGAAUCAGCAGAAGUUUCCCUUUCAACGAGAGAAGAUUAAAAUAAAACCCAAAUAUUUUAGAACAGGACAAAUAACAGAGUAAUAAUAUUUUGAAAUCAGUGUUCAAAACAUUCAAUUCUUUAGAAAAUUUUGGAUGAAUAGUGAAAUCUGCACCGAUUACUUACUCCUCCCCAAACUAUUUUUGUACCCCUGCUGUCGUCCCAUAUUUUUACACCAUUAACUAACUAACUAACUAAACUAAUAAUUAACUAAAUACAUAUGUUAACUCGGAAAGUGAUUAGUUGACUUUUGUUAGUUUAUAGUGCUCCAAUUCCAUCCAAGAAAAAGGCUUCAGUUCAGUUCUGUAUUAAUUUCAUGAUUAAGAUAAUUUUAACUCAGUGUGCGGCCGGAAAUGUAAAGUAAAUUUCCGAGUUUUAAUUUCCAGUUGGCUGCCUCGAUCCGCCUGCCGUCCUAUUUACCUUAUUCAAUAAUUAAUUAUUGUGUCACAGGCAUGUGUAGAAAAAGGAUGUGAUGUGAUCUCUUUCUUUUGUUUGUGGGGUCAACUUUUCGCCAUAAGCUCCCAUGUCAAAAACUGAAUAGAAAAUCAGCCAAAAAUCUAGCACACAUCUUUUUCUGCAUAAAUUAUGUUAGUCAGCAAUUAAAUUAUUAGUAUUAUUAUUUUGUUUUAGUUAAUUACGGCAGAAAUUAUGAUUAAAACUACUUAAUUAUGUAUCUAAUUUACUCCGCACCAGGGAGGCCUAAUAAUAUACAAUAAUUCUAUUAAUUAAUUAAUUAAUUAAUUAAUUAAGUUUGGCUUUCUAGUCGUUAAAAAAAUCCUCACAACUCUAAUUUAUCCAAGAUUCCAAAAAUAUCACGAAUAAAAACAUGCAAUCUUCUCUCAGGCAAA